AAAACAAGAUAGAACUUCCUUCGGACAUAGUAAUACUUAGAGAGCAAUUGUCGAAUCUUAUUGAUUUCAUUUAUCCAAACUUAGUUAAAAAUUUUGGCAAUAUGAAUUACAUGGUUGGCAAAGCCAUUUUAACUCCAAAGAAUGACAAAGUUGAAAAAAUCUCUGGCCUGAUUAUGAACCGGCUUCUAGGUGAAGUUUAUACAUAUUACAGUAUAGACUCUAUAGGUUUAGAGGAUGGUAAU